CCACGUGCAAAUUGCAGGAAAUAGGCAAGUACUGUGAUCGACAUUGGGGUUGUGGAGAGGUGGCAGGUGGCAUAUAUUGACAGCUACAUCCGAUUAUCCGGCAAGACGUCUCGACCACAGACACCGCGAUCUUCGGCUCCUGUCUGUGUAUGUAAGCAAUAGAGGCACAAGCGCCCGCAAGGUGUAGAGCGCGAGGGCGCCGAGAUCUCGACAUCAUGAGUCUGGACACAGCACUGUUGUCCAGGAAGCUGGAAGCAUACAAGAGGGAGCAAGACAUGGCCAGGAUCCGCCGAGACAGGAGGAAUGACACGAACGCGAGAAAGGUCCAGUUCGUGCCCAAGUUUGCAGCAAAGCAGUUUGUAGCCACUGCUACACCUGCUAGUGCGAAGCCUACGAACCGGAAUGAUCACGUGGCAAGGAUUCAACCGAUUGCAGAACCAGUCGCGCACGAUGGCAGCAGUCGUCUCAUGGAGAAGAGCCAUGUAUACGCGGCCAUGUGUGUGGGAUUGAACAAACCAGAUGGCGUACCGACGACCAUUAUCCCCGAAGCCAAGCCGUCCGGGAGCAGAGCCUUGGGGAAGCGCGACUCAAUAUACCGACCCGGAGAUGCGGCCAAACGACGCUCUAUGUUCGAAAUGUCAUAUCCGAGCGACAUGACGACGCACAGCGACUUCCACCUCCAGCGAAGGACGUCGAAUCCGGCGCUGCAGGAUGUCCAUCUCAGCCACAGUCUCGACCGCGUAAAGAAGUCUGCUCUGCCGCAACUCGAGGAAAGCUCGAGGGCGUCGGUGAGUAGUAUUCCGAGACCAAAGUUAAUGCCGAAUGAUCGGCCGGACUGGAUCCAACGAUCGGAGAAUGGAGAUGCGUCGCAGUCGCACCAUGGCUUGCAUUUGUUUGCGCGGACAAAGGGUGACCAUCCUGCUGCGCAAGAGGGGGGUUCUGCCCUAGAGACGGGACAUCUCGUUGCGGAUGCUGUCAAAGUGAUCAAGCGGCAGGAAAAGUCGCAUCGGAGGAAAAGUGUGUUGGAAUUUUUCAAAAAGUUGUAGUUGGAUGCAUGUGUGGGUGGGUGGGAGAGCUGUUGUUUUAUUUUUAUUUUUAUUUUUUAUUUUUUCUUUUUCCUGGUGUCAGUCACAACGCGGUCACACAUGUAUCUUCCUUUGUGUGUUUUCAUGGCUGGGAGAAAGCGCCAUUCCUGACUUUACAAGAUGAUGAUGAUGGUGGUGGUGGAUAUCAUGUUGUGGUGGUGGUGGCGGUAAUUAUCACUGUGGUGUUGUGAGAAUCAGCCUCCCAAUGUCACAUGCUGCCUACCUCCUACCUAGGUAAUGGAUAUACCUAUAAUAUAUACCACCCUCACCUCCAGGAGAUACCACUACUCCAUCAGCGAGCAAAAGAAUCAACCAAGGUAGC